AUGCUGGAAAUCAAUGGGCAGAAUGGUCAUGGCCUUACCCUUCUGGCAUUGGCGGCCAAAUUUGGACAUGCCCCAUUGGCCAAGCUGCUUCUGAAUUAUGAAUGCAUAGAGAUAGAUACCCAAGAUGUCGAUGGAGGGACACCUCUGGGGCAAGCAGCAAUAUGGGAUCAAUCGGCCAUUCUAGACCUACUUGCUCAGGACGAAGGUGUACGGAUUCAUUCAAGAGAUAAACGCGGAAAUACGCCACUGGCUCUCGCCACCGAGGAAGGUCACCAAUCUGUGGUUGAGUCUCUUCUUAUUCGAGAAGCGGUCGACGCCGAUGCGCGAAAUAACACACUUGCCACGCCAUUAGCACUAGCCGCUGAGCAAGGCCAUAUGAGAACAGUAGCUCUGCUGCUUGAUCGCAAUGAUGUUGAACCUAACUCAAUUGACAAUUAA